CUCAUUUUAAUGACGUAUCCUCCUGUGUUUUGGUGAAUACCUGUGCUUAACGAACAAUCUGUGAAGGGCCUGUAUUUCAUUUGGGUGUUUGUGCCGUAUUACUCCUUUUGCAAUGAACAGAAGCAAGGCCAGCGGCGUGUCGUGGGUGAAGCCCGCGGAGCCGUCCUUCCUGAAGAAGUUUAAAAAUGACGUCGGCUACAAAGAAGGACCGAAUGUUGACACCAAGCGCCAGGCGAUGCCGACACUGGAUGACGACAGCGGGAGUGAUCGAGAUGACGAGCUACCUCAAGUUGUGGUUCUAAAAGGAGGAGACCUGACCGCAGAGGACGUGAAGAAGAUCAAGGGCGACAUGCGUCCUGGAGGUGGGGCAGAGAAAGACGACGAACCUCCUCCCGAUGGUAAAAUCCUGUUCAAGAAACCAGCCAAGCGCUCCUCCUCAGACAAAUUCCAGGGCAUCACUGCCAGCUCCAGCAAAAAGAAGAAGAAGAGUGAUGGGGUAGAGAAGAAGAGGAAGGAGGAAGAGAAGAAGAAAGAGGAGCAGCAGGAGGAGGAUCAGGAGGAGGAUCAAGAGGAGGAGGAGGAGAAGGAGGGGGAGAAGAAGGAGGUUAAGUCUGGAAAGACAGUCAAAAAUAACAGCCUGCUGUCAUUUGGAGGGGAUGACGAUGAAGAUGAGGACUGAAUGUUGCUGGUGAGGUGUUUCACUCUCUUUGACCCCUGUGACAGAGUGGAAUCAAAGUGAGUGUUAAUGGUAAAAUGUUUCAUUAUAUUGGCAAAACGGAACAGGGGAAACAUUAAGACAUUGUAUUAACAUAUACUGUCUGCAGUUCAUCAACAGUGUGCAGCCUGUCCAUUCUGUAGUUGUUUUUUUAAAGGACAGUGCCACUAUUUUUCCAUGUCUAAGCCCACUGACUACUGCUCUGUUCAUUUAGUACAAAAUCAACUAUCAGAGAUUCAAUUUGCUUCAUCCAUCAGAUUGAGCAUCUUGAUUGCCCUGAUUUAGGGUUUUUUCAACUCCACUUGGUACAUUCGGAAAUGAUCAGACCGCAUCAAACCGAUAGUGUGCUAAACAGGAACAGUCAGGGCUGACUGACUGGAGGAAAAUAUCUAGCUCACAACUUCAGUACGAGACAACGCAAACACAUCUUUGCCAAAAAGAAGUGAAGUGAUGUUCACUUUGACUGUUUGCCUACCUCAAACAAGUCUCUGCAAACAGUGUUUAUAAAAGCCCUUUGAGAUAUUUUUCUUUUUCAAAAAUUGAGCUAUACUGGUAAAGUUCUCCAAGUGGAUUUUCAAUACUGAAAGGAAUGGACUCCCAAUUAAAAACCUUUGGUCAUCAGAAAUGUAAGCAAUUUGUAGUCAAUGGGCUAAAACAGAGAAAAAAACCCCACCAGUUUGAUCCUGUGUAAUCCGUCCUUUUUCAUCAAACAUCUGGCAAGAGAACAUCUGCAGUAGUCAGUGAAACGGAAAACGAGAGCAAGGCUGCUUUUGCCGUCUGAAGGUGCUCCUCAAUACAUUCGGUUGGCAGUUCAACACAAACUAUGCAAUUUAUUCCAAUAAAUGGAAAUCAAGCAACUCCAGGUGCAAACACAGGGAGAUUGUUUGUGAUUUAAAUUGUUAGAUUUUUUGCCAAAUUUUACAAAUUGUCAAUAAUCUGGUUGACUGCAGUAUUUUGCAAUAAUCUUUUCUUUUUUUUUUAAAAGGACAUUAAAAAUAAAAAGACACAUUUUUUUAUCUUUUGACAAAAGAAAAGUAAUAUUCUUGAGGUUGAAUCCAAACAGUGACACACUUUUCCUGUGCUCUUGGUGCCUUCCACUUUAGCAAACAAUAAAGCAAUGCCACAGACUCCGCCUCCUGUUACGUGGAGUCAGAACACAUUUUAAAGAUGCUCGUCAUUUAAAGGCGAAACACCGUCCUCUCAUUCAUGUUAAGAUCCUCGACCCCCGUCUGUCCGUAUCUCUGUGGUGUCGUCACAACCGUGUGUUUGUUUUUUGCGAGUAGUGUGGAAGUGCUCAUUGUAGUAAUUUUCAAACACGUUCAAUGAUGUAUUGAAUGAAUAUAUGUUCUAGCUUCGACAACGGAGCUGAAACAGUUUGUGUAGAAACCAUGCAUUUUUGUCAAUGCGAUUGUAUGAUCUUUUUUUUAAAUGUGGAUUUGUUUUUAUUGUAUGAUCUUUUUUUUUAGAGAAUGGUCGCGGCUGUAACAUUUUAAAAUAUAAAAACAUUAAAAACGACUGUACAACA